AGCUGUUGUUGUUGUCAGUCGUUGAUGUUGUAAACACAGACAGUAAUGUCGUAUGAUCCAAGCCAGUGGUAUAGCUACAGCAAAAAUAAACCGAACGAGAUACCCUCUGAGAGAAAAGCUACACUAAUUGGUGGGUUAUGCAAAGAUGUGAAUGUCCUGCAAGAAAAAGUAGAAACUGAGUUACCUAGUACUUGUAGUGGAACACAACAAAAACAUGAUGACACAGUAACUGUGGGAAUCGACCCCAGCUCAGCAGUUGAUCAUGUGUCACCGAAAGAGGCUCCAGCUACAGCUAAAAAUACCAACGUCCAUUCAGCACAUCAGAAGCUAAAUGGUCUAGUUUUAAGACUGCAAAAGAUGAUGAAAGAACUACCAAGCUCUUACAAGAAGAAAUUCAGCAAUGAAAUUAUAACACAAAUUGGAGAGUCUCUCCUUGAUGACACAGUGUUUGAAAUUGUAAAAGGUCUUGAGGAUAUCCAACUGCUAUCUGAGAGGAAUUUAUUGAAUAGAAGAAUGAAGAUAUUGUCAGAGCAGAAAGGAUUACGGCUUGAGAUGAACAAAAGGCAUCAGGCUGCAUUACAAGAAUGCCAGUCAAGACCUCAUCAAGUGAAAUUAUUUGAAAGGGAGCAUGCUGAAGAGAAGAAGGAUUUGGAAAUGAAGCUAGAAAGGGAACUAAAUCAACUCGAUCAAAAGAUGGUGCUUGAAAUUGACCAACAAGCCAUCGACCAGCAGGCGACGUUACAGAGAGCUGGAGUACCGUUGUUUUUUAUAACGAAUAAACAAGAAGAAAUACAGCUACAGAUGUAUCUUUUGGAUUUCAUAACGAGGCUCAUACCCGAUAGCUGAGAGAAAUGGAGCCACCAAUCUCUACCACGUCUUCAAGCUGUUAAUAUCAAGCUAUGCUAUCAUCUUUUUAUCUGGAAUAGCAUCAAUCUUGAAGAACCUGCUGAGGUUACUCUUGGUAACUUCAGGUUACUCUUGGUAACUUCAGGUUACUCUUGGUAACUUCAGGUUACUCUUGGUAACUUCAGGUUACUCUUGGUAACUUUAGGUUACUCAUGGUAACUUCAGGUUACUCAUGGUAACUUCAGGUUACUCUUGAAGCCUGUUGAUGACUACCUUUACUUGGAUAGAAAACAUCAUUAACUUGAAACUAAUGUAUAACGCUAGCGUUUAAGAAAUCGAACCUCGCAGUAUUGCUAGUAUUUCUUGAAAUGUUUUUUGCAAGUAUUUCUUGAAAUGGUUUUUGCAAGUAUUUCUUGAAAUGGUUUUUGCAAAGGAUCUCUGCAUUCUACUGCAAAGAAUUUCUAGGGUUGGAUCAUUAUAAUAAGUAUCGAUAAACACAAAAAAGGACGGUCAUAAACUUUGAGCGGACCUGAUAGCAAUAAACUUCAUCGUUGAUCAUCUCCGCUUGGCUAUUUUAGAACUCGCUGUUUGAUAAAUACUCGCUGUUUUGAUAAGAGUGCCCUCCCAGCCCUCCCCUAAGGAUAUCAGAGCAUCUGUACUGUAGUGAUGAUUUUUCAUUUUACUUGAUGCCAAACCUAUGUCUAGGUUUUCAUUUUCUAGCUAGAGUUAUUAAAUUUAGCAAUCUUGUGUUAAGUUCAUGAUAUUUUUUCUUUUCGUACUCUUUGUAAAUUAAUUUAUGUUUGACAUGCCGAUGCAAAAU